GUUCGUGUGAGGUGACUGUUUGAAGAGGUUUUCUGUCGCAGAGUUUGUUUUUUGUGGAAAUCAAACGCAAUUAUUUUGGAAUGUCUCCGAAGAAUUUGCAAAUUUCUCCGACACAAAAUAGUUAUUAAAAAAUCAUGUAAAGAAGCAGCAAGUGAGCAGUGCGAAGAAAAGAAAACGUUAACGUUUUGUGCAAGACAAAAAGAAAAAAAAUAAAAAACAAAACAGAUUGCAUAUUUUAUUGAUUUCCCCAUAAAUUGUAUUAAAAACAAAAAGAAGAGAGUAGUUUGGCUAAUUAGAAAAUAAAAUGGAAUUUUCUGCCGAUCCAUAUGAAUACAAGUUAUAUCAAAUGUUCCAGAGUUGCGAUACAAAUCAGUGUGGUUUCUUAGAUGAAAAUUCCUUAAGACGUUUGUGUGCUCAACUAGAAUUACGUGAUAAAGGUGCAGUGCUUAUCGAAAAUUUAGCCAGAGAAGGACGUACAUCACAUGUUACCUUUGAGAACUUCAAGGAAGCUUUGUUAAAUUUUUUAGGCACCGAAAUUGAUGGUGCAAAUACCAGUGACAUUACGGCAGAACAACGAAAAGAACAGAAUGUUAAAGACAACGACAAUGUGGAUAAGUCUUGUGGAGAACGCGCUUUAAUAAUUUCUGAACAACAGGAAACCUUCAUCGUAGACAGUCCACCAGAAUCUUCAGAUCGUGAAGUUUCACCCAAAUUGGUGGUUGGCACAAAAAAAUACGGUCGUCGUUCUCGACCACAAACUCAAAGAAAACCCAAUGAACAAACAGCCUCAGAUUCCGAAGAUUCCAACGAAGAUAACGAAGCACAUUCUCAUCGUAGCUGCAGUUCGCAACACGUUAAAAGAUCAACUUCUCAAACCGAUAUUCCCGGUACAAGAAGACGUUGCACUACAGGCGUAACUGAGAGUAAACUGAAAAGGUGUGCAUCAUUACCAGCCCAAAGAAACCUUUUCAAUCCGAAUAAACCCAAAUUGGUGGCUAAUAAAGGAAACUUGGUAAAAGACGCCUUAGUGCCAAUAACGAAGAAUACACUCAGCAGCAGCGUAGAAUCUUUAGGUUUGAAAAAUCUUUCAUCUGCCAUGCACGCUGUUUGGAGUUCCUAUGACUGGGAGUUAAGCAAAAGUCAUUUUAAAUCUGGAUAUUUGGCUAAAGAAUCACCAGGUUUGAUGGAAACUUUGCCCAUUAACAGCAUUUUAGAUUUAUGGGAACGCUCUUCAAUACCCAAUGGUCGUGGUAUAUUAUUAGCCUUGGGCUUUGAUAGUGAUGAAAUCAAUAUAGCUCAACUAAACAAGGUAAUGGAGGAGGAAAUAUCCAACCUUGAAGACGAACCACAGACGGCUCUAAUGAAAGCCUGUUUAGUGCUACAAACCGAAGAACUUGGCAAUUUAAGACAAUUUUCAAAACAACUGCGUGAUGAAAAUACAAAAUUAAGAGCCGACAAUAAGGAUGCUAACAGGCGCAUUUCUUUAUUGGCAGCAGAAAUUGAUGAAAGACAUGCUUCUUUAGAGGAUGCUACCAAGAAAGAGAUACGUCUUUUAGAACAAAAACAUGCUGGUGUGGUACGUGAUUUAACAGCACGUUUAGCCAAUGAUCGCGAAAACUGGUCUAGUCUAAACUCCCGCUUGGAAUCAAAGCUCAAAAUAUUCGAACAUGACGAAAUAAAGAUAAAAACUGAGCUAGAGCUAGUGCGCAAAGAAAACGAAGACUUGGAAGGAGAAAAACAAAAAAUGCAAAAGCAAAUCACUGAAUUGUUAGAAAAGAACAUUGAUUUGCAGCGUGAGUUAACCGAAAUGGAUGAAACUAAUCACACCCAGAGACGUAAACAACAAUUUGAAAAGUCCAAUGACGAUGAAGAAGUUUUACGUCUAGUGGAAAAGGUCUCUACCUUGCAGGUGGAAAACUGUAAUCUUAGAGAUAAAAAUGAUGAGUUGAUAGCUGAAGUUGAAACUCUAAAUCAUGAUCUAAAUAAAAUGAAAAUGAAAUGGAAAAAAUUAACGCUAAAUCAAGAUGCUGCCAAUCAAGAUUUAGAUGAAAAUGAAAUGAGCUCUUCCAGUACGGCAACUAAAAGACGCGGCGAUUCGCCUUCAAAGACCAGACUCAUAGAGGAAAGUCCUCGUUUGGGUAAAUUAAGAAAAUGUACCAAUGAUGCGAAUAAUACUUGCAGUGAAAAUAGCGAUACAAGUGGUGAAUGGAUGGCUUUGAAUUCAGAAUUGCACAAUUCACAAUCAAAAACAUCUUCACAAGUCCAAGGAGAGCUAGAAAAUCUCAGGAAAAGAAUCUCAGAGUUAGAAGAACAACUGAAACUGGCUAAAGAUAAAUUACUUACACAAUCUCCCACUACAUCUGCCACUAACGUCACCCUGGAAGAACGCUGCAAAGAACUAGAAGCCAGUCUAGAACAAAUGCAAAAAGCUUACGAAGACUGUGAAGAUUAUUGGCAAGCUAAACUCACCGAGGAAAGAAAUCUGUUCGAAAAAGAGCGUCAAAUCUAUGAAGAAGAACAGCAGGAGAGUGAUAAAAAGUUUACCGAACUCAUGGAAAAAGUCCGCGAGUAUGAGGAACAGUUUAGCAAGGACGGCCGUUUGUCGCCAAUCGAAGAGAAAGAUGCUCUCGAGCAACAAUAUAUCGACUUGGAGGCUGAAGCCGAAGAAAUACGAGAAAAUGCUCGUAAAAUUUUCGAAGAAAAGUCACAAGAAAUAGAAGCUCUACAAACAGAGAUCGAAGAUUUGCGUGUACGUUUAGGCGAAAGCGUAGAGAUUUUAACAGGAGCUUAUGAACUUAAGCCCGAAAAUGUGGCUAUCAAUUCUAGUUUAACCGAAGCUAAUAGUCCAGCUAGUUCUCCCAUAAGCUAUUUGUGGCACCAGAGCACUAUACAAGAACCGGUCAAAAACUGCCAGCCUUUAGAAACGAAUUUAACAGGAUUGGGUUCAUUAUUGCCUGUCAGCAAUCAAACAGUACGUAGCAAUUUGUCAACUUCCGAGACUACUAUAUUCAGCACUACUCCUCUACAGUCCCCCAUUGAAAAGCCCACGCAAUCUCAAACACAAUCAACCCAAUCAGAGGCUGGAGAUGUGGCCGAUUGUGAGACAUCAUCAACGGCAUCUGGCAAAAGCUUUGAAACGCACAGUAUUCAUUCAAAUCAGAGUUUCCAACAACGUAACAAUCAAUCGGCAACUAAAUCAAUUACCAGCACAAAGAAUAGUUCACCUAGUCCCACGCCAAGCGUUUUGAAAGAUGAGCUUAAACGUUUAAAAUACUUUGAAAUUUCAUUGAAAGAACAAAUUAAGGAUUUGUCUUUACAAAGAGAUGGUUUAAUUAUGGAAUUGCAGCAAUUGCAAGAAGCUAAACCCGUAUUAGAAAAGGCAUAUGCGCGCACGUCUCAUCCUUCUUUAAUACAAAGAGUCAAUCAACUUGAACUGAAAAAUAGGCAUUUACAAAAUGUUGUUAAGCAACAGCAACAAUAUACCGAAUCCAUAAUGCAACAAUCUUGGCGUCAUCAUCAGAUCGAGCUAAACGAUUUACAUGGACGUCUAGAAGUACAGGGUGCAUUGAUAGCAGAACAAGUGCAGCGUUUACAAAAUGCUGAUAUUUUAGUGAAAGAUUUAUAUGUGGAAAAUUCACAUCUAACGGCAUCCGUACAACGACUCGAACAACAAAGAGUACGAGCUAAUAUGUUGCAGCAACAGCAAAGACAAAGUUGUACAGGUUUGCCGGGAAUACCUUAGAUACUACUUUACUACUAUAAUGAAUACUUAUUUAAAAAAGAAAGAAAAUCUUACUUGUCCAAAUACCUUCGGAACCAGCCAUCGUCACAAAUCCCAUCAUAAUACAUUUUAACCAAGGCAAGGCAGUUUAAUAAGGUAAGCUUAAUUUUCUACUGACGUUUAGAAGUUUUAUAUUGGAAACUGGGAAAAUGUUGCUACUACAACCGUUAAAGCUGCCUGUCACAUCUAACUCUCUUCAAUUACACAUCAUUUAUUUCUACUACAACGACAUCUUAGAAUGUAUGUACGUGCUCCAAACCCAACUAACACGUGCUUUAAUAUCGUUUAAUAGUUGCGAUAAAAGACAUUAGUUAUAAUGUUUUAACAAUUUAAAUUAAUUAAUUUUUCAAUAGUUACAUAGUUAAGGAAUGAACGCGCAAUAUACAUAGUGUUAUACAGACAUACAUACAUACAUAAAACAAUGUAUGAUGAUUAAUAGAAUUGUUAUAUUUUGUUUAAAGAUUUUUAAUAGGAAAUUUAUUUAAAAAAUGUUUACUACUACACUACUACUACUUAAACAAAAUCUCUUUUUAUAUUGCAUUUUUUUACCGCUUGAUUUGGUUUACAACGACAAGAUUUUAAAAUUUACGUUCCAUUUUGUGUUGUCAAUUUGUUUAAUCUUAUUAAAUCUCUUUUAAGUAUAUUUACCAUUUUAUUUUUUAACUAUUGCAUUUUUGACCUUUUAAUUUUACAACGAAAAUUAUUUAAAAUUUAUAUUCCAUUUUUUGGGUUUAUUUAUCUGUGGGUCUGUCUAUUUGUUUUUUUUAACCGUUUUACCCUUAGUGUCUAAUGUUUAUUUAAAUAAGAAAAAAAUUAAACCAAAUAUGUAUGAAAAUAUACAAUUUCGAAUUGACUUGAAGUGAAUAUUUUAAAAUAGUUAUUUACAACAUACUCGUUGUUUUAGUGUUUAUUUUAAGACAGAUUAUCUAAAGGCUUUGAUUAACAAAAAAAAAAUACAUUGAUCUUAUGUUUGGUGAUUUGUUUUUUUUUUAAAUUUGAUUCUUUUUUUAUUUAAAUGAAGUCCAUUGUAGAUUGUACAUAUCUUAUUGUAAAGUAUUAUAUAUUGUUUAUAUAAAUCCACUAUUAAACUAUUAUAAAUUAUUUAUGUAUUUAAAUCAUAUCUGGAAAAUAUAUGCCUUUGUUUCUUUAAGAA